AUGGCCGACACAAAGGUGUACCGUGCGACCACCACCGCACCGGUGAACAUUGCCGUCGUCAAGUACUGGGGCAAGCGUGACCCCAAGCUCAACCUCCCCACCAACUCGUCGCUCUCCGUCACCCUCGCACAGUCCGACCUCCGCACCUUAACCACGGCCACAUGCUCGGCCGCCUAUGCAGGCCAGAACGACACCCUGCUCCUCAACGGCGAGCCCUCUGAUGUCUCGGGUGCGCGCACCCAGGCUUGCUUCCGUGCCCUGCGCGAGCGCCGCGCCGCCCUCGAGGCUGCCGACCCGUCUCUGCCCAAGCUCGCCAGCCUGCCCCUGCGCAUUGUGACGGAGAACAACUUCCCCACGGCCGCCGGCCUGGCGUCGUCGGCCGCGGGGUUCGCUGCUCUCGUGCGUGCCAUUGCCGACCUCUACGAGCUGCCCGACUCGCCGUCGCAGCUGAGCUUGAUUGCCCGGCAGGGCUCCGGCUCGGCGUGCCGCAGUGUCUUUGGCGGCUACGUCGCCUGGCGCAUGGGCGACAAGGCCGACGGCAGCGACUCGCUGGCCGAGCAGGUGGCGCCCGCGUCCGCCUGGCCCCAGAUGCGCGCCGUCGUGCUCGUCGUCUCGGCCAGCAAGAAGGGCGUGUCGUCGACGUCGGGCAUGCAGCAGACGGUAGCCACGUCGGGCCUGUUUCAAGAACGCAUCCGCACCGUCGUGCCCGACAACAUGGCCAAGAUGGAAAAGGCCAUUGCGGCGCAUGACUUUGCCAGCUUCGCCGAGGUCACCAUGCGCGACUCCAACUCCUUCCACGCCACCUGCGCCGACACCUACCCGCCCAUCUACUACAUGAACGACGUCUCGCGCGCCGCCGUGCGCGCCGUCGAGGCCAUCAACGCCAAGGCCGGCCGCACCGUCGCCGCGUACACCUUUGACGCCGGCCCGAACGCGGUUGUCUACUACCUCGAGCAGGACGCCGAUGUCGUGCUGGGCACCUUUUCCAGCGUCCUGGGUGCCGGUGUCGACGGCUGGAAGGGCGGUGCCGCGCCGAGCACGGCCGCUGCCGUCGAGGUCGACGCCACGGUCGCAUCGACGCUCAAGUCGGGUGUCAGCCGGGUCAUCUCGACGGGCGUGGGCGAGGGCCCCAUCAAGUCAGAGGAGCACCUGGUCGGCGAGGACGGUGAGCCUGUGAAGCGGUAA